AUGCGCGCCACUAGCCCUUGGGCCUUGGGCGUCGCCGGACGCCCCGUUUCAACCCCGGAGGAAGUUGAUGCCUUGGUUACCGACCAGGAGGCUUCUGGCUAUCCUUGCCCCUUGUCCGCCCACAUCCGCAUCAGUCACCUGUCUAUCAAUCCUUCCGGCGUAUAUAUCAUCGGUCGGCAUACUCGGCUUGCGUCGUUCUGCACCCCGACGCAGAGCCUCGCGUGCCCUCAGUCCACCAUGCUCGGCCAAGCGUUCGUUGGCGCCCUCCUUGCUGCCGCGCUCGCUACCGCAGCGCCCGGACCAGCUGCUGCCGACCCUUGCGCUGCAGUCGCAGGUCAGACUUUCGCAGACCCUGCUACUGUAAUCGCUUGUCAGAAGAGCUUCCCAUUCAAUGAGACUCUGAGGCAGAAUGUCAUGACCGUGGUAUCCAACGUCUUCAACUUCUACACGUUCGAAGAGUACUACCUGAAGUCUCCGCCUCCCUUCCAAGAGUCCACCGUGAACAUCAACCAGACCUUGAAGAAGCUCUCCACGGAGAAAUUCGCGACCGACUACGACUUCAACCUCGCCCUGUACAACUUCACGACGCAGCUGAAUGACGGCCACACGCGCUGGUUCCCGUCGUGCUACAACGCUUACCAGAACCUGCUCCCGGCGCCUAUUGUCAUUCUGGAGGAAAAUGGCGAACAGGGUGUCUACAUUAUCCCCGACUUGGCCGACUUCUUACCGCUUGUCGGAGACGCGUACAUCAGUUUCCUUGAAAACAAGGGCUUCGACUGGAAACGUCUUGCCGGAGCUAAGGUGUCGAAGAUCAACGAUAUCGACCCAUUCGACUACAUUGACCAUAUCGCGACGACCGUCUCGGGCAACUAUCUCGACCACGGCAUUCGCGUGAACAGUGUGCUCAGCAGUUACCGUAUCGUCAGCAAUGCCUACUCGCAGCGCUUUGGUGACCUCGCCGGACCCUCGAUCGUGACGCAGACCAGCCUGCGCAUGACACUGCAGACGGUCAACUCUACUAAGACGGAGACGGUCGACAUUCCCUUCGUCGCGUCUUUCGCCGGCGUCGCCUUCACGGACAAGGCAUCCUACUGGGAGAACAACUGCGCCGCCAACAGCGCGACUAAUGGAGUUGACUUGCGCGCUCAGGGUAAUGUCAAUGGGCCUCUUCAGACGGAGUCGGGACCCCGGCGCAUUCGCGGCGCUUCAUUCGAUCUGACCGCCAAGAAGGACGUCGCGCUCCCCGGGCCUUUCGUACCCGUCCUUCCCACUACGGGCGGCUCCGAGGGAGUGAUCAAGAGCUACGUUCUUCCGGGCAACAAGACGGGCGUCAUGUUUGUCGGAUCGUUCUCGCCUGACGACUUCGACGGCUUCCAGACGGACACGAAGAAUGCCAUCGACGACAUCCUCGCUAGCGGCGCGGAUCAGCUCAUCAUUGAUCUGACCAACAACGGCGGAGGCUUUGUCUGCUUGGGCCUAUUCUUGCACAACUACCUCGCCGGUGCCAACUUCGGAUACCCUGGUUUCCAGAGCAUCAACCGUGCCAAUGCGCUUGCUCAGCGGAUUCUCGGGAACGACAUCAAGCUCAACACUACCGACAACCUGUCGUUCUACACAGCGGACAACUGGGCCUUCCCACAGAACAACACCGAGGAGCCAGCUUCGCACAACUACAUGAAACCGCCUGUGACAAUCACCGUCAAUGGCGCAAAGGAGACUAAUAGCGAACGUUUCUUCGACGUCUGUACACCUUACUCUGUGGACCUCCCGGAGGCCCCACCAUUCGACUUCAAAAAGAUAGCCAUUGUCGGUAACGCGAACUGUGCUUCGACUUGCGCUCUCUUCUCGUCGGUACUGUACGAGCGUCACGGCGUCAAGUUCGGGAUCUUUGGCGGCAAGCCCGGAGAGAGCAUUCAAAUCAAGGGCAUGGCCGGCAACCAAGUCUUGGAGUGGGCUGACCUCGACACCGAGAUCAAGACCGCUGAGCUCGGCAACAGCCCGCUUAUUCCUCCGGACUUGCUCGUCGACGGAAACAUGCGCGUGAACUGGCGCUCCGCCUAUGCGUGGUCGGACCUCUCGACCCCCAUCGCGUAUGUCGACGAGCCAGCGCAGCUGAGGUUCGCGUACACGAAGGAUACGUGGAACAACCCCCAGAACCUUUGGUCAUUUGCGGAGAGCCAGUUCUUCUCAUAA